AAGUUAUAUAGCAUAAAAGAAUAAAAUUUUGUAGAGAAAAUCACAUUGCAGCGUGAUUUUCCCAGAACACCCAUUUUCUAUCCACAGCUUUACGACCAUGUAUCUCACAAAAGUAUCCAAAUCCAAUAUCUCUUCGUUCUUACCCUUUCGCAGCGUGAGGAAACCAUCUCCGCCGCCGAUAAACUUUGAUCUCAUAGCUAGAUCCUUCGACGAGAACACACUCCGUCUUCUCAAAACCUUAUCUCCACCGUCGAUCGGCUUUUCUUGGCUCUCCGCCGCUGUCGAUGUCCUCUCUUCCAUUCACGCCGCAGCCCUCAACCUGAUUUCGAACCUGAAAUCUUCGUCGGAGGAGUCGCUCGUGUUGUACUUGGACCACAGCGUGAAGAUCUUGGACAUCUGCAAUUCGAUAUCCUCCGAAAUAGAGCGCUUACGUCAACGUCGCCUUUUGAUAAGUCUGGUUCUUCACGUCCUCGGAUUUUCCGGCAACGAUCUUCAUAUCCCUGCGCCUGAGAAGCUACGGAAGGCUAGAGAUUCUCUGGCUGAUUGGGAAAACGACUCCAGCGUAAUCGUGCGGCGGAGCUGUUUCCAGAUCCAAAAGCCAGAGGAUCUGAUCAGACAACUGGCGUCAACGGUGGAGAUUGCGCCACGUGGUAAGAUAUCGAGCGCGAAGAACCUUAUUGACCGCACGAUCUACACCGUAGGAGUUGUGACGGUGUUUUUGGCCGGAGUUUUGGUCUCGGCAACGAACGGAUUGCCGGGGAUUGUAAAUAUCCGAGUUGACUCGGCCGAGUUUUCGUGGGCUGACUCGUUUAAUGGUCUUCAGUCGACUGCGUCUGAUGAGUUGAAGCGCCGAGUUGGUGCGGAAAAGAAGAAAGGGUUGUUGGUGGAGGCGGAUGACGUGGCAAAGCGUGCAAGAAUAGUGCGUGAAGUCAUAGACGGCAUCGUUUUGGUGGACAGGAGCAAAGAAGAGGUCAAAAAAGAGACGUUAGAUAACGCCGUUAAUGUGCUUGGCAAGGCGACGGAAAGGUUGUCUGAUGGUUUGGACCGUUUGACUAACAGCGUUAACGGACUAUUCGACACCGUUAUGCGAACGCGUGAUGGGUUGGUAGAGCGUUAUAGAGCGGGCCAUCAGAAACAGUAAUAGGAAAAAGUUUGAUUAUGUAAUAAAAUAGGGUAAAUGUUAUCUUUGUAUUCACGUUUGUAGUGAAAGUUAAUGAAGAAGUAGCACAGAUCUCACCCUUAAAAUUUUGAGCAAUUUACCUUAGUACGUAUCAAAUUUGAAAUUGGCGUGCAAACAUUACAUAAAGAUGCGUUUACGAAAACAAAAAUAAAAAAUACUCGGUUUAUUACCGCUUUAACUAUUGGAUUAAUGAG